AUGAAAAACAGUACGGUGUUCCUUGCUAGAAGAAUACUAACAAAUGUCAACAGCCCAGCUUCAAGGCUGCGAUCCUACUGCUCACCACCCUCAUCCUCCUCUCCUCCCCGCAACAAUAAGCUCUUUGUUGGAGGCUUGUCAUGGUCGGUGGACGAGAGGUCUCUGAAAGACGCUUUCUCUUCCUUUGGGGAGGUCACUGAAGUGAAUAUAUUGUACGAUAAAGACAGCGGUAGGUCUAGAGGCUUUGGAUUUGUUAAUUUUUCAAAAGAAGAUGAUGCCAGAAGUGCAAAAGAUGCCAUGGAUGGAAAGGCAUUGUUAGGUCGACCACUGAGGAUUAGCUUUGCUCUUGAAAAGGUUCGUGGUGGACCUCUGGUAGUCCCUCGCCUUUCAAACAUUGGAGAUGUCACCAAUCGCAAUACUAAACUUCCUGGUGAAAGGUAUGCAAGGGGACUAAUCUUAACCUGGACUUGAAGUUGGUCAAAAUCCAAGUAUCACUGGGCCUGGGUUCAUUCGAACAGAGGAUAGAUAAACUGGAUGGUGUACUUUCAGCCUUCUAGGUUCUAAGCCCUCGAGAUCCCAAGAUGUAUGUCGAACUAUCUCCUUGUUUCAUGUUCUUUCAUCUUGGAGACCUAUGAAAUUAUUGAUUUCUAGAGUAGAGAAAAUUUUGCUUUUCUUCUGAGAGGCAGUGAUACUGAGGGCAAGACUAUUUUAGUGGCUUUAAAAUGUAUUUUUUAAUCGUUUGGAAAAUGCUUUAUCCCAUAUAUGAAUCUAUAACAAUUUUAAAAGCGUUGUUGAAAGGCAAAAAGAUAUAGG